UUCCCUUUUCCUGUCGAAUUUGAGCCGAAUAUUUCAAAUAUUAUGGAAACGGCUGCUUUAUCACUAUCGGAAGUACAGGAAUCAACUACAUCUACAGAAGAGGAACACUUGUGUGUCCAAGAUCAUACACACAAAUUACUCGUAUCAAAUAUGAAACGCCCAAGACACAAGCCUAAAAUAAGUGUGAUACCAAAUUGUGUGUCUUUGUGGAAAAGAAAGCACGCCGAGAAAGUAAACAUCUAUUACAAUGAAAGUUAUAAUCCUACUGUUUCAGACGUAUUGUUAAAGAAAGGAAAACUAACUGAGUUUACCGUUGAACAGGAACAGUAUAUGAGUACUUUGAAGUCCCAUCUUCAUUUUGAUGCGGUUCUGCAGAAUAAACAAGGCCAAUUUGCUACUCAUGAAUUUUACAGUAAACACAUGAAACCAAUGUUGGACAGUAUCAGGAAAAAGAUAAAAUCAUCAGAUAAAGAUAACAGCAAUGACAUUGACUCAUACAUAGAUGUGAUGGGAAAAGUUCAUAUUGAUGACUUCCUUAAAGAGCUUUCAGAGUGUCUUCUGAUCAGGGAACAACAGUAUAUAGAUGGUACAUCAGAAGUGGCUGAUGGAAUAUAUUCACAGCUUUUCUAUGCAUUUGCUACCAUGUGUAAUUUAAGACCAAGGUUUGGUGGUACAGCUCCAAGUUUUUGGCAAGGUUUACUGGGUGUUGAUGUUACCUCCAAUCCAGAUUUCCGUUUAUGUACCAAAAGUAUGUCAUAUAAAGAGAAAGAAAAAGAUUACAACAUUUGCACUGUUACCUUUGUUAAGAAAACACAACCAUUUAAAAAUCAGUCAAAGAAAAGGUACAAAGAGAGUAGUUGUAGUAGUAGUGACAGCUCUUCAACAGAAGAUAGUCAAGAUGAAGAACCAGUGCACAAAAGACACAAAAAAAGUUCAUUGGGUAGUAGUGAUAGUUCUUCGGUAGAUGAGUGUGAGAUCUUCAACCCAGAAAUAAAAGAAGAUUUGGAUUGCAAUGUUCUAGGACAACAUGCUGGUGAACUUUUAUUGGAUGUCAGGAAAUAUGCCAAGGGUAAUGACAAAAUGCCUGGCAUCAUAGUGAAUGGUACAAAGGUAUAUUUUACCUUGCUUGAUAUCUCAAGCCAUCAUAUGAUUAAACUGUAUCAAAGAAAGGAACUUGAUAAAAAGAAGGAUGUUGCCACCAUAUAUUAUUCAAGACCUAUGGACAUUUUAGUUGAAGAAGAUAGAAUCAUAUUGAUAGAAAACUUUAUGAGGCUUAAUAACUUCCAGUUCCAUAGCAAGGACUGAAGGUAGAUAUAAAGCAUCAGCUCUAUCAAGUUUACAAUUACAAGUGGAAACAGUGUGGUGAUUUCUUUUACACUUCCCUCAAGGCAAAUAGAAAGUUUACACUGGAGUAAUGGAAACAAUGUUUUUCUACAAAACUGACUUUGUGCUAAAAUGAGAGUUGAAAUGAAGAUAUGAUGUUGGAUUCUGCUAUUUAUGACACUAGAGUUGCCUUACAAUGAAUAAUAAAACUGACAAGAUGUUCUAGAUGACUUGGUUAAACAGAGAAAAUGUAUAUCCUUCUUUCUCAUGUGUGAAUUUUGUAAGGAUAAAUACAUUAUCUUUUCUACAUGAGACAUUAUAUUGUAUUUGUUCUAAAUUAUUUCAUCAUAAUAUGUGCUGACAAUAAAGAUGAAAUUCCUAUAAUUUU